AUCUUUUAUUCAAAUGAAUAAACAUUGUCUUGUAAAAAUGAAUUCACAGGUCUUUAUUGUGCUUCUUUUGAUUUCCAUCACUUUUGCCAAACAAAUUGUGGUACAAAAUAAAGGAAGAACUCCUCUACAAGUCUCUAUUACCGGCAAAGACAACAUUUCAUUGUUGGCUCAUUCUAUUGCAAAGGUUGACUUGGAAGAAGGUUGGUCUGGAUCUAUUUCAGCAUGUAGAGAGGUUUGUGAUGGUCCAAAAACCGUAGCAGAACUUUCAAUAGGUGCAACAGCUGAUCAAUAUUCCGUAUCUUUGGUUAACGGCUUUAAUUUGCCAAUAAAGGUCGUUCCAAUAAAAGGUAGACGGUGUACUGCAGCUAUUUGUUCUGCUAAAAUUAACAAAUUGUGUCCGGUUGAGAACCAAGUAUCAAACUCAUUGGGAGUUGUUGUUGCUUGUAAAAAGAGCCCCGCAAUUUUCCAAAAAGUUUGCAAAAAAGCUGUUAUAGUCGAAGGCGACAUACUUAACGUCAAAACUUGCAAUGCUCAAUCCUAUAAAGUUAUCAUAGGCUAAAUAAAUUUGAGAAUAUGUAUUUUACUUCCUAAUAAAGUGUUGAAUUUUAA